AUGCUAAAGAGCAAACAUGGCUGCUGGACAUGUCGCCUGCGAAGGAAAAGGUGUGAUGAAGUUCACCCAGCAUGCACGGCUUGCGCGUCCCGCAACAUUACGUGCCAUGGAUACGGCGACAAGCCAGAUUGGAUGGAUGGCGGCGACAGCGAAAAAAUAGAAGCCAAACGUAUCAAAAAGGAGAUACAGAGUAAUCUUCGGUUGAAAAAUGAAAAGUCAAAUCGCGCUGAUACAGAGAGCCAAUACCAGCCUAAUGGGGGACAAUACCGUGGCGAUGAUAUCAUGGUUCCCCUGUUGGCUGUGGAUUCAAACUCAGUGCAUGCAUUUGUAAACACUCACGCUGGAACUAGGAGAGAAAUAUCAGACAAAAUUACAAGCUACCGAGAAGCUGAACUACUGAUGCACUACAUGGACUAUGUUUUUCCAUUGCAGUUUCGAUUUCAUACCCCAGAUGUGAGCGGUCGUGGUUGGUUGAUGUGGUUGCUUGUCAAAACUGGACCAUUGUACCAUGCCGCCCUCAGUCUUAGCGCUCUUCAUCAAUCUAUAUACUUCUCGAAUGUUUUUGGCAAUACGUACGCUGAAUUGUCUGUGUAUCAUGCUAAAGCGUUACGCGAUUUGCAGCAGUUUCUACACCAUCUCCAAAUAAGCGAGGACGGAGAUGAGAAGAGUCGCCAAAUUGAAGUUAUGGCGUGCGGUGUCUCCCUAAUUAGCUUCGAGCUUUUUCAGGGCGGUGUCAGCGACUGGCAGCUGCAUUUAAAUGCUUUGAUUUCGAUCCUUACAAGUAGAAGUUCGUCUUCAUUGGCAGAGAUGCUGGGUGGAACUCAGGAGACAAAUGGUACACGAAAAGGCUCACCACACUGGCAACAGACCGCUUCGUCAUUCUUCAUAACAGUAAUUUUAUGGUUCGACCUUCUUGCAUGUGCCUCCACAGGACAAGCGCCAAGGAUGCCAUAUCGCUAUUUAAUAGACUCAAAUAUUGUCAAUAUGUCCAACUAUAUGGGAGUACAAAACUGGGCCAUGAGAGCUAUUGGAGACAUAGCUGCCCUGAGUGUUUGGAAAGAUAAUAGUGGAGGACAUGACUUCGAGCUCAUCUCACAAGGCCAAGCCAUUGAGCAGGGAUUAGAAGAUGGUUUACGAUCUCUGGAUAAUAUAUCAUUACUAGGCGCUUCAGUUAUGACAACUAACUUGUCAACACAGCAAAAUAAAGUCCCCGGCGUCACGCGUGCGUUUGCGACAGCAGCUCUUGUUCAAUUAAGGACAGUGCUGUACGGCUCCACCACUACUUCACAUCCUAUACGGGAUGUUGUAGCCAGAAACAUCGAAGCCAUGAAAAGCAUACAUGAUGAACAAGACUUCCGUGGGCUAGUCUGGCCUAUUUGCAUAUCGGGAUCCAUGGCCGAAGCAGCCCAACAACCGUUUUACGAGUCUAUCGUUAAGGAGGUGCUCGGCGAUAAAACCCGAGACUUCGGAAAUUGUGCUACUAUUCUCCAAAUACUAACACGGUGCUGGGAAAUGCGUCGACUUGACCCGCAUUCGAGUGUAAGAUGGGUGAGUGCGAUGGCUGAAAUAGGGACCUGUCUACUUGUUUAG